GACGUCCACGGGAGAGGAAGAUGACAAGAUCGAGGAUAUCAUGAGCGACGGAGAUACCGACCCAGGGGACGUCUCCGCCGUCAUCGCACAGCCAGCUCCGGUACCUGAAGGAUUGGAGAACGGUAUGGAGACACGUUUUUUCAGAGCACUGACUAAUGAUUUCCGUAGUACCUUGGCCCAGAGUGCCAACAAAGUCAAGAAUACUGACAAGACCGUGGCCGCCAUGAAAACCGAUUUAGUGAACCUGACCGCCCGAGUCACCGUCAUUGAGAACGGAUACCAGUACACCGAGGGGCUGGAACUUACCAACGACCUCAAGCAAAUCCUCGCCGACUGCCAUAUCACGGGGGUGAAGAAAGUAUUCCCUGUGGGCAGCUAUGCAGACCGUGUCAAGAUUGAAUUCGAGACGAGCCAGAAGAUGUGGGAUUGCUUGGCCGCUAUGAAGUGCAAGAAGUUUGCUUCCACGCUUGCGCGCGAGAACAGACCGCGGGAUGCAAGGGGCCCUACCAAGAGGCAGUUGUGGCACACGAUCGACAAAUAUCCAGAGGAGCUGACCUGCCAUAACCGAGCCACACACGCCAAAGACCUUCUCAAAGCAGCUAUUAGCAAAAAAUGGCCAACCCUCUCUGAGCCCGAGCUGAUGCAGAUGAUAGGCGCGUCCAGGGACAUGGGCUCAGUGGUGUUGCUCCGCAAAUUUCUGCCCGCAGACGUCUUUCCGAGGAACCCGUUGAAGAUCCUGAUGCGUGAUUUCCCCACCUGCAACCUGAUGGUGAUGCCUGAGGCUCAGGAAUGGUUGAGGUUGCAGGGAGUGGAGAUGGAUAUUUCCCAGCACAUGGACGA